AUGGAACCAGAGAAUCUUUUUUAUUCAGUAGAUGAGUUUGGAUUGGAUGUUAAGUGGCUGAUUGAUCCUCAGCAUCUUCUUGUGGGACCCAAAAUUGGAGAGGGAGCACAUGCCAAAGUGUACGAAGGAAAGUAUAAAAAUCAGAAUGUUGCUAUUAAAAUUGUCCAUAGAGGAGACACCCAAGAGGAAAUUGCCAAGAGAGAGGCUCGUUUUGAGCGAGAGGUUGCUAUGUUGUCUAGAGUUCAACACAAAAACUUGGCGAAGUAUAUUGGUGCCUGUAAGGAACCUGUGAUGGUGAUAGUUACUGAGCUUUUGUUAGGUGGGACAUUGCGUAAAUAUCUGCUAAACUUGCGUCCGAGGUGCUUGGAUACACAUGUUGCAGUUGGUUUUGCACUUGACAUUGCUCGUGCAAUGGAAUGUUUGCACUCUCAUGGGAUCAUUCAUCGGGAUUUAAAGCCAGGUAUGUCCUCUAUUUCCAACUUUGUGAUUGCUCGAUCGUUGUGA